AAUAGCACAGGUAUCCCAAUUACGUCAUUGUAAGAAAAUGGCGGCCUACCUUGACAAGACUCUGUGUGUAGUUGCAGCAGUGAUAGGAUUGAAUAUCUUUAUAGCUAUCGGAACUUACUUUACAUCAAUUAAUGAAAAACUCAAAUACCGACUUUUGGUGGCACAGUGGCUGUUACAUUUUCAAUCUGGAUUAUUUUUUAUAGCAAGGUAUGCUUGGAUUAAAAUCUGUCCACCGUUAUUUCGAUCGCCGUCUGUCUUGGAGCGUUUUGUGGUUUUUAUUGUGGCCACAGUCCUUGUUCUUUCACAGUGUAGUGUGUUCACUGGUAUCAUAUUAGCUGGAGAGGAACCGUCAUUCUUUACUAUUUUAUCAUACAUCUGUUUUGGGAUAACAAUAUUGGUAUCAACAACAACUUUUGUGAUUGAUGUMGUUKUGUGGUGUCUAUCCUGGACAAAACUUGCUUCGUUAAGUCAUCUAAAUCGCUUAUCUCGAACACGAUCGAAAAUCAUUCUAAUACUCAUCUUCUCAUGCAUUUUGAGUUUGUAUGGAGUGAAUAAUGCCUCCAGAAAACCAAAUAUAAACCAUUUGGAAAUUCCCAUCAAAAAUCUUCCCAGUGAAUUCAAAGGGUUCAGAAUUGUUCAAGUAUCUGAUGUCCACGUCGGUAGUACGGUUGGAAGAACUAAGCUAGAAGACCUUGUGAAACUAUGUAAUGGUCUAAGUCCUGAUGCUGUUGUUAUUACUGGGGAUUUAGUAGAUUCUACAGUCUAUCAGAUUAGACAAGCUAUGAAACCUUUACUUAAAAUCAAGGCCAAACAUGGAUUAUAUUUUGUAACAGGGAAUCAUGAAUAUUACACUGGUGACGUUGAUGGUUGGAUCAAAGAGUUAAGCUUUCUUGGUGUAACAGUUCUCCAUAAUUCACAUGUGACAAUAAGUUCCCCUGGGAAGCCCAGUGCUAUGUUGGCUAUUGCUGGGGUUGAUGAUAUUGAAGGGGGAAUAUUCAGAUAUGGUGAACAUGGAAUGCAAAUAAAUAAGGCCCUGUCAGGUCUAAAACCUCACACAGCAACUGUUCUGCUUGCACACCAACCAAAGUCAGCACAAAUUGCUUUAAAAGAUUACCCCAGCAUUGGUUUGGUUCUAAGUGGACACACACAUGCUGGACAAAUGUUUCCUCUCCACCUUUAUCACCUUAUCCUUCAACCGUAUUUUUCUGGUCUUUAUCGGCAUGAAAAGGGGUCAUAUGUCUACGUCAAUUCUGGUUCAUUGUAUUGGGGAAUUCCAAUGAGGAUUUUAUCCUCUUCAGAAAUAACUCACAUUACACUUACUACUACAUAGUAUUUCCCACACCAGACGUAAUAUAACAACCUUGAUGCCAGUGGUUUUUAUAAUUAAAUGUGCUUUAAAUACUUGAA